AUGGACGCUGCCUCUAUUCGUUGCCUGAGCUGUACCGAUGUCUUACAGCCUCGCUAUUGUUCUGGUAUUGAACACUGCCCAGAGGGAGACGCGUGUGUUACUGAAUCUUACAGGAACAGGAAUGGAGAGGUCCUGUUUAACGUUGGAUGUAUGUCUGCAAGGAGAUGUUCCUUGACUAGCCAACAAAACCGCUCCACUGCUAUUUUGCGAACAGACAUAAUCGGGACACAUGUUCAUGACGAAUGUAUCGAGUGUUGUCAUGGUGACCUGUGUAACGCCGCCGGUUGUGGUACGGACGGGUUCCCUAAAGAAAGAGGACCAAUAUGUUUAGAUUGUCCACAAUCACGUGAUCCUGACAGUUGUGACGUCAUAUCCGUAUGUCUUCAAGGAGAGGUUUGUCAUGUUGAGGAAAUCUCUAAGUUUGGCGACUUAUUCUACAAAACCAGCUGUGUAAGAGAAACUGAUUACCAGUGCACCUCUUCUCCCAUGUAUAAUCCAGUGGAGAUUGGCAGGCGGUCUACUGGAAACUGUUUUUUCUGCUGCCCAGAUGAUCUCUGCAACAUACAAUGUCGCAAUGCCACAUUAUCUUCGCAAUUUACAACACCUUCGACUACAAUCAUCCCGAUUACCAAUAAAAACAUUACCUUAUCAUCAUCAGCUGUACAGUCUACAACACCAGUACCAACACAUCACAGUUUCAAAGGAAAGGAAUUCUUUUUAAUGUUCCUGCAUAAUUAUGAAUUUAGCAUUUACCGAUCAACCCUCAGUGUUACUGUAACAUGCAGUGCUCAAAACGCUGUAAUUCAGAUGACGACAAGUUACAAUUCGACUUCCAUAGAUAUCUCAGGUUCAGCGAAACAGAUUGAAUUAGAUUCCAACCUGCUGCUCUUGGAAAACGGCAGGUCAAGCAAAGGGGUCACUUUGACCUCUAAUACAACAAUGUCCGUCACAGCAUUCAGUUCAUAUUAUUGUUGUUCGUAUGAGGGCUACUUAGCCCUGCCGACAGAAAGUCUUGAUGUCGUCUAUAUUGUUGGGACGCCUAAACCUAAUGAUGAUAAAAGCUUCAUGAUGUACGGCACGCAGUUUGCGGUGGGAGCGCCAUUCAACAAUACAGUGGUAAAUAUUACACUGAGUACGUCCAGUGUUUCUAUAGCUGGCCAGUAUAACAGGGAUGGAGACACAAUCACCGUUGUUCUGAACGAACUAGACACCUUCUUUAUAGAGACAAACGCCACUGGCCAGGACCUGACCGGUACACGUAUUGUUAGUAAUAAACCAGUAGCAGUUGUAUCUGGUCAUAGCUGUUCAAACUACAAUGGAUGCAACCAUGUCGUAGAAUAUCUACCUCCGGUGUCAAAAUGGGGUUCAAAGUUCAUGCUACCACCCAUUACAGAUAGCAACGGGGGAUACAUAAGGAUCAUUGCUUCGUACAAUAAUACAAGCGUCAUUGUAAUGUCUGACACUUUAAACCACACAUACAAGAUCUCAGAUUUUACAGAUAUCAAUAUCAACUCCUCACAACCGUACGCCAUCUCUAGUGAUAAACCUGUGCUCGUCUUAGUGAUAUUUCACGGGAAAAAAUACGCAAUGUUUAUUUUGCCAUCCUUAGAUCAGUUUUCUGGUGAACCUGUGUUGAUUUCACCUCCUAAACAUCCUUUUGAAACGUUCACCAAUAUUUUCGUUGUUACGAUACGGUCACGUGACAAGUACGGUUUGCAGAUUCGCUCUGAGGAUGGAACGAACUUAGCUUCUUUUAGAACAGUGAAUUACCCGUAUGUUGACGGUGAGAUGUUUAGCUUUAUGACUUUCUACUGCAACAACAACAACAACAAGACAUGUUCUAUCCAACAUACCGAUAGCAAUGUACUGUUUAGUGUUAUAUCGUACGCACUAGCAUUUCAUGAAGUAUACGCGCUUCCGGUAAACAUAAUGUUGUAA